ACGUUCGUUGCACAACGCCAGCUUGCGUCCUUGCGAGGUAAUUUUGCAGAGUUUUUGAAGAAGCCGCCGCUAGAACCAUGUCAAAAGCUAAUAAAAUACCGGAUCGGUGGAUGAAUUAUGAACCUUUUGGCGAUGUCAUCAAAGGGACCAACAUACUCCCACUCAAAGUACCAUUAAGAAAAAAACUGGUCUUCAGAUUACGAGAAAAAGACAAAUUCACACCAGAUGCCCUUCUUGACAAACUAGAUAAGAUGAAUUACAAAUUGGGUCUUCUCAUUGAUCUGACUGCCACAACUAGAUACUAUAAUCCACAAAUUUUUAUUGACAGGGAUGUGCAAUAUGUAAAGAUUUUCACUCAGGGUCAUGUUGUGCCUUCACCAGAAGUCAUAGAGAAGUUUACUACUGCGAUGUCAUCAUUUAAGGAGUCCAAUAAAGAUAAAGAUACCAUUAUAGGUGUGCACUGUACUCAUGGGGUGAAUAGGACUGGAUACCUUAUAUGUCGGUAUCUGAUAGAACAUGAGGGGUUUAAGCCAGAGGAUGCAUUGAAAGCCUUUAAAGACGCAAGAGGGUACCCAGUGGAACGACAGAAUUACAUCAACGAUCUUCUACACCUGAAUGAUGAUAAGAGAGCUUCUUCACAUACCAAAAAACACUACAAAGGCAAGGGAAAGAAUGACCAUCAUUGGACUAGAAAUAACCAUGAUCAUGACAAAGAAAUAAGAAGAGGUCAUCAGCACUUCUACGACCCCUAUCAGUGGAAUGGGAGAGCCCAGCAGGAUGGUCCAUUCAGAAGUAGGGGUGGCAGCUUGAGGAGAGACAGAGGGAUGGAUCAUAGAGUCGAAUGGCAGGGACAGGAAGCCUACUACCAUGACUCGUGGAAUGGAGGUGGACACAUGGAUCCAUAUGGUCCGAACUGGAACGACCCGUACGGGUACUCGCCGCAUGGAAACGCUCCGUAUGGUAAUGAUCCUUACGGGAACGGUCCGUACGGGAACGACCCGAAUUGGGGUUUCCAACCUUACUGGCAAUCGUACGAUCCUAGGACUUGUCACGGUGGUGGGAAGAAUGGACCCAGUAUGCGUAGAUCUUCAAAGAUUAACCCGGGUUACCAUCCCUACUAGUGUGAACACUCCCCAAUGUCUUGCUUACAGGCAUACUUUGCUAUUUUAUUCAUUUGCUUCACAUUUCAUAAAAACUUGUUUUAUGAUGUAGAUUGUAUUAUUAUUCAUUUACUUACCAACCUAUUAAAACAGGUUGGAGAUGAGCAAGCUACUAUGGUUUGAAGGUAUGGAUUAAAUUCAUUUGUUGACCAAAUUAAUUUGUUAUUCAAAUUAGAUACUUGUAGAGAUUGAACAAUAUGAGUGAAUCUUUGCACAUCCUGGGUUACAGUCCCUACUAGUAUGAACAUUUUCCUAUGUCAUUUAAGGGGUGAGAUGGCUCAGUCGGAAGAGCAGGGUUUUCAUAUUCUGGUGCCCUUUGGUAAGGCGUUUAAAUCCUCAUUACCAUGUCCCUCAGAGAGGACCUUAAGCCCUCCAUCCUCUGGUUACCAUGAGCUAAACAAGUCUGUUUGAAUAUUAUAUGCUCUGGCUGAUUCAUUCUUGGCGUUUGUGUCAAAGCAUGAUGCUGAUUAAUAAUAAUAAUAUAGGAUUUGUAUAGCACACAUAUCCACCUUGCUAGGUACUCAAGGUGCUCCUAUAUUACCCCGGCUGAGCUAGUCUACCGAUUCUAGCGCUCACAGCUUUUUGAGGAAUUACUUCCUGUUGGUACCCAUUUACCUUACCUCGGUCGAGUGAAGCACAGUGGAUAAAUUUCUUGCUGAAGGAAAACACACCAUGGCUAGAAUUCGAACUGACGACCCUCUAUUUGAAAGGCGAGAGUCAGAACCACUAGACCACGAUGCCCGCACAAUCCCUUGCAAUCCUUUAACAGCAAAAACACAAUAAAGUGACUAUGGGAGGUUACAAAAAAUAAUCCAAAUCACAUUAAUGAUAGCUCAACAUAUAGUGAGAGUCAUCUCAGGACUAGCUUCAUAUUGAAAGAUCAACUAUGGUACUGGUAACAACAGAAUGUAAAAUGUUCACAGAAUUGAACAAAACUUCCACAGAAUUAUUAAAGAAAUAAAGAUAAAUGAUAUAUGCGAGACAAUAUUUCCGGAAAACAUGUAAUUACAGAGUAAUAAGAAAGUGAAGAAAAGACAAAUUUUCUGGAAAAAAAAUGGUGUGAUCCCACAUGCUGUUUCCUGUGUAUCUACACCAAGAGAUUCAUGUGAUAAUGACAUGAAUAUUAUUUCAAGCAAACCUGAAUUAUACUCAUUGAAUUUUCUUGUCCUGAAUAAGCAUUCUGGCAUACAAUAAACAUUACAGGAUUGCUUCCAAAAUUCAGCAAUUUCCUUUUAAGAUCAGACUUUUAAAUCAUCACUUGAACUUAGCUUUAAAGUUUUUUUGCUGAUGUAAAUUCUAACUCAACACCUACACCAAAAGAUUAACACCAAACUUGAAAUCACCCACUACUGCCUUGUCAUUGGAUUUUGACACUGACUACUCCUUUUUUAGUUUUGUGUACGCAGCAAAUAUCAUUAAAUAGUUCAUCAUCGUGGAACAGCCAGUCAAGACUAUUUGGAAAGUCUACCAGCUCUAAAGCAUACAAAGAAAUUAGUGCAUGAACAACAGACCUUUUUUGAAAUUGCAGCUUUCAUAAUGAUGCACAUAUAUUCUUUUCCCCCAAUUCAAAUGGGGGGGGGGGAUUCAGAGUUAUUUAUUUUUCA